GCAGCCGCCAGCCCGAGCCCCGCGCCCCGCACCAUGCCGCCCUUGGCGCUGCUCAGCCUGCUGGGAGCCGCCGCGCUGGCAGGUAUCAAUUCCAUGCCAAUGGAAAAAGACCAUGUUGAAGAAAUGGUAACACGAUGUAUAGUGGAAGUUCUCUCUACCGCUCUGUCUAAACCAAAUGCUCCACCAAUAAAUCCUCUGUGCAAAGAUAUCCUGAAGAAGAGCAGCAGGCAUAAAGCAGAGAAGAAAAAUGAAAACAAGGAGGAGCAGCUUGAAGUGAGGCAUUUGAAAGAAUCAUCAGAGGAUGAAAAACAUCAGCUUGCGAGUGUAGAGGAAGAGAGAGGUCAGAAGGAAGAAAAAGAAGAGAAACGCCAUUAUGAGGAAGAUGACAGCAGGGGAGAGGAGGAAAAACACAAUGGGGAUAGUCAUUCUCAUGAGGAUAGAAUCCAUAAAAGAGAAAAAAAGCACCAUCUGGAUAUAAGAGGUGAAGAAGAAGAGGAUGAUAAUGAGAAUAGCUAUAAGAGAAAUAACCACAGUGAAGAAGGAAGCAAAGAAAAGCAGCAUCAUGCUGAAGAGUCAGGAGAGGCAGAGCAUGCGCUUCCAGACAAAAGGUUUCACUCUGUAGCUAAAAGCAUGGAGGAGUUCUCUCCUGGGGAUGAUAAACACUCUACGGGUCAUAGGCACUCUGAGGAAAAGAUGCACAGCAAUGAAGAGAGAAGCCAUGAAAGUGAGGAAGAGGAGGAGGAGGAGGAGGAGGAAAGCAGUGAAAGGAAUCACCAUGAGUCUAAGGAACAGGGUUUCUACCAGUACAGAGGGCGUGAAGAAUCUGAAGAGAGUGAAGAAGCUGUGGAAGAAAAACGACGCUACAAACCAAGACAUAAUCACAGAAAGCACAGAGCGGGCGACUCCUCCAAAGAGAGGCGAGAUCACGAGGGUGAGAAAAGGAACCUGCUUGAGGAAUCCGAUGAGGAAGAGAACCGAUUCUGGGAUAAAAAGAGCUACUACGAGAAACACCAUUAUGAAGAGCCAGAGCAUCAUCGUGAGGAGAAGAGGAAUUAUUAUGGGAAACACAGCUCUGAAGACGUGGAGGAGAAGAGGCACGCCGGCCGCAGGAGUGAGGAGUACAGAGAGCAGCGGCAUCAGAACAAGGAGAACAGUGAAGAGGAAGACAAGAGGCACCACCUUAGUGGGGAAAGCGAGGAAGAACGACAUGAGAAGAGGCACCUUGAUGAACCACAUAAGGCAGUGAGACAUCACGAUGAGGGGAGGAAACACCACAGCGAAGAGAGUGAGGAAGAGCUGGAUAAGCACCAUGGUCACAGCAGCAGGGAUGAGAAAAGACAUCAUGGUGAAGGAAGACACCACCUCCACGACAGGGAAGAUGAGGAGACACACAAGCUGCACAGUGGAGAGAGCAAAGGACAGUCAACAGGGCACUACAGCACUGAGGAGAGGGACAGUGAGGAGAAAAGGCACUAUCCUGGCUAUGACGAGGUGGACGCUGAAAUAGAAAAGAGACGCGACAGCGAGGAUGAGAAACAAGACAAUGAGGAUAGUACAGAGAAAGUGAGGUACGGGGAGAAGGAAUAUAAGAGUUACUUCCCUGCAGAGAAUGAGAAAAGAGCCACAAUUCGGUACAGUCCCUUCUACCACCACCUACAGUGGAAAAGCGGGCACUUGGACAAAAAGGACAAUAUGGGGGACCAGAUUCUGGGGAGUGAACAGGAAAGUAGACCCAGCCUAAAUGAGAAGAAUUUCUUCCCUGAAUAUGACUAUGACUGGUGGGAGAAAAAGCAACUUCUGGAUGGUCUGAAUCAUGGGCACACCGAGAAGAGAAAUCUUGGAAGGCUCCACAAACUUGAUAUGAAAAGACAGUAUGACAGGAUGGAUCAACUCGCCCAGCUUCUGAAUUACAGGAAGAAAUCGGCUGAAUUUCCAGAAUUGUACAAUUCUGGGGAAGACCUAAAAAAGCGUCACAUGAUCAGCAGCAACAAGGGAAAUCUCAGCCAGAGGCCUCUGACAGAAGAAGAGGAAAAAGAGCUGGAAAAUUUGGCUGCUAUGGAUUUGGAACUGCAGAAAAUAGCUGAGAAGUUCAACGAUAACAGGAGGGGAUGAAGACUGUGUACAGUGGUAUAUUUCAAAGCUAGGUGUAGCUUUAUUUACUUAAAAUACCUAUAUUUCUUGGUAAUUCACUGUCACUGAAGCGUUGUUUACCCUAAAACAGGAAAUGCAGUUUACUGUCCACUGAAGCGUAGUGAUUUACACAGCCAGAAAUGUCUUUAAUUUGCAAUUAUGCUAUUGAGAUCCAACUAGCAUGAAGUCUAGUACAUAAACUUACAUGUAAGGCAGAUAUUUUAAUAUGCUUGUGAAAAUAAUUGUAUUAGUGUUCUUCAGAAAUAUAUUUGUCUGAGUUUGAAAUAAUAAAAACAUUGAUCUUGGACCAAAAUUCUUCUCCUUGCUUGACUUG